CUUUGAAAUAUUUGCCUACAACAAGAAAAGUAAUAAUGGGUAGUUUUGAUUUUUACUAACCAGUUAGGCAUGUUCAACUAACCUUUUGCAAUACAUGUUUUGAAAAAUUAUUAUUACUACUAAUUUUUAGCUUUUUUACAAAAAAUUAAAGAAUCUGGUCUUCCAUUCAAUGGUAGUGAAUCAUCACUUAAAAGAUUACUUAUGCGUAUGGGGUUUCAAUGGAAAAAAACUAAGGAUAAUAAAAAAAUUUUGAUGGAAAGACACGACGUGCGAUUGCUACGGAUUGAGUAUUUAAAAAAACUUAUGCAGUAUCGUGCUGAAGGCAGAAACAUUGUAUACACCGACGAAACUUAUAUUCAUGCAUCGCAUACAACCCCCUAUGAAUGGACAGAUGGUAGUGAUAAAUUAAUUCGCAAACCAAUUGCCAAAGGAAAACGACUCAUUAUUGUUCAUGCAGGAAACGAAUCUGGCUUUGUAACGAAUGGACUCUUGAUAUUUACGUCUGGAAGCAAGUCUGGAGACUACCAUGAUGAAAUGAACUGGGAAAAUUUUCAAACGUGGCUACAGAACCAAUUAAUCCCGAAUCUUCAAGAUAAUUCAGUUUUGGUGGUAGAUAACGCGUCUUAUCACAAUAUUAGGGACAUACAAGAACCAACGUCGGCUACAAGAAAAGCAAAUAUGCUUUUAUGGUUAGAGGAAAAAGAAAUUCCAGUAGAUCCGAAUCUUACUAAGCCAGAACUUUACCAAGUUAUAAAAGAAUAUAAAAGUAAACAUCGCGUGUAUAAAUUAGAUUUAUUAAUGGCACAACACGGUCACCAAGUGUUAAGACUACCACCAUAUCACCCAGAACUGAAUCCCAUUGAGAAGAUAUGGGCAAAUGUAAAAAACUGGGUUGCUGGGCAAAAUACUACUUUUAAAUUAAAAGAUGUUGAAACUUUGGCAAGAAAACGUUUUGCAGAAAUUACGCCAGAUAAUUGGGCGGCUAUUUGUAGUCAUGUGGCAAAGACCGAAGAUGACUAUAUAAUUAGAGAGAGAAUGUUGGAUGAGGCUUUAGAAGAAUUUGAAUUUAUGGUUAACACAGGGUCCUCUGAUGAAAGUUUUGGGGAAACUUCCGAUGAAGAAGACUUUUAUACAUAUUCCCAGCAACCUUCUACAUCAAAAACACAUACCGAUGAUUUGGGUGUGACACCUUUAGAUGAUGAUGAGUACAACUGA